AUGGAACAAAGAAUUAAGUUUAUAUUUUUUAUUAAAAUUUCUGUGUUUAUCCUUUCAUAUUGGAUAUGUCAAUUUUACAGUGUUAUGAUCAAUUUUAACAAAUUUUUGGAUGAGUAUUAUUUUUGUAGAAAAUUAAAUACAAGAAUUUAUCGAUUAUUAGGAAAUUAUAAAAAGUACAUUUAUUCAUAUAUUGGCGAUUUAGAAUUAAACAUACCAUAUAACACAAAGAAGAAGAACGAAAAAUUACUUACAAUAGAUAAUCAUAAAUUGGACAAAGAAAAAAGAGAAACAUUACAUAGAUGCUUAUUAUUUAAGGAAAAAUUAAUUAAGAGACUUAUGAAAAAUAAAUGUACCAUGUUACAUAAAUCAUAUAACCAUUAUGAAAAAAAAAUAAUGAAUGGACUAGAUGAUAAAUAUUUUUUUAAAAAAAUGAUAUUAAUUAAUGAUAUGGAUUACGAAAAAUUAAAACGCAAAAAAUACAAAUUACGAAUUUUCUUACUUUUAUUAUUGUUCAUACUUGUAUUAAGUAUACCUAUAAUAGAUUUAUCAUUAGGGAACUUUAAAGAUAUAGGUGGUUUAUUAAAUAAAUUAUGUAGUUUAUUAGGAUAUAGUGGGAAUCAAGUUGAAUCUCCUGGACCUACUUUGGAUGGUUUUGAUGGUUUCUUGUCAUUGACAUGUAAAUUGAAAAAUUUUACAGGAAUCAAAAUAUUUGGUAUUCUAACGUAUUGUUUACCUAUUUUAAUAUUGGGUAUUUUAAUUAUACGUGGAAUUUUUUAUUAUUAUAAUAAUGUUAUAAAACAUAAAAAAAUUAAGUUUUUAGAAGAGUUCAAUGAAUGGUAA